CAGCGGCCAGGACCCAAGAUGCAGGUGAGCCGAGCGGCGGUGGCCUUGGGGCCCGUUGUCCUGGCCAUGGCCUUCCUGUGUUCUGUGGCCUCGGCGGCAGACACCUGUGUAGGACAACGGGGUUACCCUGGAACACCUGGGAUGCCGGGGGCAACGGGGCCCAAAGGAGAACGGGGUUACCCUGGACUACCUGGGAUUCCGGGGGCAACGGGGCCCAAAGGAGAAUGGGGUUUGCCUGGACUACCUGGGAUGCUGGGGCCAGUGGGGCCCAAAGGAGACCGCGGGGAGACCGGUGCGCGCGGAGAGAAGGGUGAUCGUGGACAGAAGGGUGAUUGUGGAGAGAAGGGAGACUCCGCACAAUCCCAGUCCUGUGCCACAGGACCUCGGAACUGCAACGAGCUGCUUACCAGGGGGCACCUCCUGAGCGGCUGGCACACCAUCUACCUGCCCGACUGCCGGCCCCUGGUCGUGCUGUGUGACAUGCACACGGACGGCGGGGGCUGGACGGUGAUCCAGAGGAGGAGUGACGGCUCCGUGGACUUCUUCCGGGACUGGGCCGAGUACAAGCAGGGCUUCGGCAGCCAGCUGGGGGAGUUCUGGCUGGGCAACGACAACAUUCACGCCCUGACCGCCCAGGGAACCAGCGAGCUCCGCGUCGACCUCGUGGACUUCCAGGGCGGCUACCAGUUUGCCAAGUACCAGUCGUUCAAGCUGGGGAGCGAGGAGGAGAAGUACAAGCUGGUGCUGGGCGCCUUGGUCAGGGGCAGUGCGGGUGACUCCCUGAUGCAGCACAACAACAUGGCGUUCUCCACCAAAGACCAGGACAACGACGAAAGUUCUUCGAACUGCGCCCAGCAGUACCAAGGAGCCUGGUGGUACAAGAACUGCCACUCGUCCAACCUGAACGGCCGCUACCUCGGGGGCUCACAUGACAGCUUUGCAAACGGCAUCAACUGGCAGUCGGGGAAAGGGUACAAUUACAGCUACAAGGUGUCGGAGAUGAAGGUGCGGUCCGCCUAGGGCGCACGAGGGAGGGGAGACACAUCCCUGGUCAUUAUCCUCGUGGAAGCAAAGAGCUUCAUCCCGUUCCCCGGCCCCCCUCGGGGACCCUCAGCCUCAAGCCUUCAACCGGCGGCCAGCCCUUCUCCCCCGCCUGCCUGCAUCAGAGCGGCCCAUGCCACCCCGCCCCGCCUCGCCCACAGCACCAGUCCUCAAUAAAGGUGUUGGCUCGCUGCA